UUCCCACUCUUGUUUCUUUUUCUCCAAGAUCACCGUCAUUAACAUGUAGACCGGUGCGUGUCAAAAGACCCGGAGCGCAAUGGUCUUUGCUGUGUAGGAGAAUAUAAUUCUAAUUAUAGUUGUAAAUAAAAAAAACAUUUUGGAUUAACAGCGGACUUGUUUUUUGGACUAAAGGGGUUUCCUUAAUUUGUUUCCGCGCGUGUGUAAAUGUUGGACAGCAUUUAACCUGAGUUUCUACCCUCUGGAGUGAAAAGUGCGCCAGCCUUAUUUCCCAGGCUUAUUUCCAACGCUUGAGCGUCGGUAUUUUUUGGGGGGCUAUGUAGCUUUUGGAUGGAAUGCACCUUAUCCCAACGGGACAUAACGCACUGAGGAAUAUUGUCUGAAGGUGGAAAAAAUCAGCGGAUGGGAUCCUGCCUCAACGGGGACAGACUUUGGACUGGACCGACCUACUCCAAGUACAUCCACCAGAACCACUGCACCGCUACUCCUGCUGCUGUACACCUGUCAGUCAUCUCAAAAUGAUAGAAACCCUCAUCACUGACUGGCCUGUCUACCUUCUGAGAAGUGGAGCUUAAAGAUGAUAUCUUUGCUGUUGUCUUCUUCAUUGCAGUGGUUGUCUGCUGGACCUUUUUGAGGAAUUAUUUUCCAUAUUGUGAGGAAUAUUACUCAGAUUUGUCUUAGAAAACUGAUGGCUGCUACAUUUCCACCGGAUGGUUUGCACUGCUUGGAUUUUAAAAAGGAUCAUUAGCAACCAGGCCAUCUUCUAUUCCGGAGUUACCCACUUAUGCCUGUGUGUGAAUGUGAUUUUAGUGUGACUGUGUUUGUGUUUGCAUCUGCAUGGCGUAAGUGAGAAAUAGAAAAUAAGGAAUUUGUACUCUGAAAGGACAACAGAGGACGCAGCAAACAAGUUGAAAAGAAGGAGUAGCAGCCAUGUCCCAGUGGAGGCACCAGUCAAGGACUGGGUGUCAGCUACUUCAGACUGCCAAGAGUGGGAGCAGGAUGAUUGGAUACGUAAGGCUUGAAGGCUUCAGCAUCGGCCGGUGGGUGUCCUCUCUAAUAUGGCUGGGACUUCUGCUGCUGCAGGCGUCUCCAGCUGCUGUGUCGGCUCAGAAACUCGACGAGAACGACCCGGUGGUCACCACCGUGUACGGCAAGCUGCGGGGCAUUAAGAAGGAGCUCAAUAACGAGAUCCUGGGUCCUGUUGUGCAGUUUCUGGGCGUCCCGUAUGCAGCUCCGCCCACUGGCGAGCGCCGAUUCCAGCCACCUGAGCCCCCGACGUCGUGGCCAGAGAUCCGAAAUGCUACGCACUUUGCUCCGGUGUGCCCUCAGAGCAUCGUGGAGGGCCGCCUGCCGGAUGUGAUGCUUCCGGUGUGGUUCACCAACAGCAUUGACAUAGUGUCCACAUACGUCCAGGACCAGAGCGAGGAUUGCCUCUAUAUUAACAUCUACGUCCCCACUGAGGAUGGUCCCCUUACAAAGAAACACACUGAUGAUUUAGGUGAUAGUGACCGCACGGACGACGAAGACAUUAGGGAGAGUGGAAGCCCCAAGCCGGUGAUGGUUUUCAUCCAUGGGGGCUCCUACAUGGAAGGAACUGGGAAUAUGUUUGACGGCAGCAUCCUGGCCAGCUAUGGAAAUGUGAUUGUCAUGACUGUCAACUACCGGCUGGGCGUCCUAGGUCCAGCAGCCCGCUGUGCCUGCAGGCUGGGGCUUGUUCUGGCUGAGCUCAAGUCUCUGACCGAGGCUGCUGCCGAGUACCAGCUCUCCUGA